CAUUUUACAAUAUCAGUUUGGGUCGUGCUGUGGAUGUUGCGUUAUUUGUUUUUUUUUGUAACAUAAACAAUUAUUUUUUACAUUAUCGAUGAAGUAUAUAAAGGAAUACAAAGUAAACGUUUCAGUGCGCGUGUUACAAAGGACGUUUUGCUUCAGAAAUAUGUUACCGUGAUGACAAUUAAAGUGUGAGUGCGGAUCAAAGAUAAUGCCGACAAGAUGAAGGUUUUAUCGUUGUUAUUUAUGAUUACGACGAGCUGCGGCGUCUGUGUGAUCCUCGCUCAAAGCGAUAACUGUACUAGAACUAACAGUCGUGGUGAUUACAAACUAUGUGUUCGCAAGUUAUCCGAUACAUUAGCCAGUAAAUUUAGUGAAAUUGUGGUCAAAGAAUUGGGCAGUGAGUAUACGGCGCGCUUUGAGGUCAGGAGCGCUUACAAAGUAAGCCGAUACCAAACCUCUGACAAUGAUGUAUUGACCAGCAUUGCUGACAAACUGAGCUACAAACUGUCGUCUGCCACAAACAUACUUCGCGACAUGAACAAUGUUAUAAGCGACAAUAGUACGCCGUCCUUCACUCAACCUUGCCCAUUCAAUUCUAUUCGCAAGUCUGUGUUUAUAAAAAGUUCCAAUGUAUACAACAGUCUGCCUUCACAGGAUCCUAAAACUAACAUGUUGGGUCGCUUUAAGGAUUUAAAAGUUAAGAGACAGUAUUUCCUUUCGCACAUGGAUUAUGCUACUGAUAGAGAUUGUGCUACAAUGCCUCACUCUAAUUUGAGGUAUCUUUACCAUAAGAUUGUUCAUCCUGAACCAAAACUGGUGGUUUUUAUAAUAGAUAAUAAUAUGAAAGAGGAUUCAUUACAACAUGCUGUGCAUGUUGCUAAAGAGACAGUGUAUGCUCUGCAGGACUCUGACAUGAUAGCUCUGAAGAUGACAAACAUGACUGAGUUCCAUAAAUUCGAAGAUACUUGCAGUACAGAUGGAAUGUCCGAUCUUGGAAAUGCCACAGAGAACAAUAAACUACUCCUGAAAGAAUACUUAUCCUCUUUAGAAGUAGCACCCACAAAUGUGUCUCCGCUAGCAAUAAACAAAGAACUGAAAAACUUACUACUCCAGAGAGAUUUGCCAAAACACAAGCUAUUUAUCUUCCUGACAGACACAAAGAUUUUGAAAAAUGAGACAUGGCUUAAAAUAUUUCCGUACUCUUCCAACAAAGAUGAGACUUUGAAAUUUGCCAUUGGACUUAUUUAUGAGAAUCAAGCUGACAAGAACAGUUCAUUGGGUAUAUUGCAUAUUGACAAGUGGCACACACAUACGAAUAACCAUUCAGUGAUGAGGCUUCAUAUCAAUGACAGUGGAGUUGUGGGGCAAGUAGCCUCAGCAUUCAUAUCUCUGUUACCUGGACACUACGGCAGUAAGAAGAUCAAAAUUGAAGGACCAGUGUGGGAGGCAACAGAAAGAGACUUCAUGAUAUCUUUAGUGCUACCAACACCGAGUGGAGUGCUUGGACUUGACCUGUAUUGGUCAGAUCUUGCAGAGGACUUAGUGUAUUUUAAAGGCUCAAAUGAUAGGAAAAGAGCUUUUGUAAUGGAUUUUUCAGGUACAGUUUUAAUGCACACAUUUUUUCCCAGGCCAGAAUCAGCAUCUGAUAAAAUCAAAUUUACAAAACUGGAAAGUGUUGAGACAUACACUUUCAUAUCAACUGUAAAGGAAGAAAUGUUAGCUAAUAGUUCUGGCAAUUUGACUAUGUUUGAACAGAACUCCACUAAAUCAAUUAUUUACUCUUGGAAAUGGGUAGGAAACUUGUACAUAGUUUGUAUUGUGUCUGAGAUAAUGGAACCUGCUGUAUACAAUAAAACAAACAUAUUCUUUACUAGGAGUAAUAAGGAAAUAUUGUUCCACAGGUUGGAUUUAUUCCCUCCUAAAAUGGGUAAAAUGUGUAGACAUUUCAAACAGAUUGCUACUAUUGAUCAGGGUACUGUGUAUUUAAGUCCGUCAAGCUUCCAGUCACCUUUCACCUAUUUAUAUGACAUGGGUGACGGCCAAGAAGCCGUUACUUAUAUGCAAAACUAUUUAGCUUACUUAAAAAGUGUUGCUCAUGGCUUACUUUCCAAUCCCGGUCUCAAGAAUGAAAUUCAGCAAGAUGUUGGUUUCCUUAACUCCAUAUUGUCAUACUAUAAAAGGCAACACUUGCAUGGACCCUAUUCAAAGUACAUAGUCAGAAGAUAUGCAGUGACAGAGAGUGGGGUUCUGGUGAUGUUCCCUGGCACUGUAUUAGAGUAUGAUUAUGAGCCAGUGAGGAGGCCUUGGUAUACAUAUGCUUUAGAGAAUCCUGACAAAAUCAUUCUAACACCACCUAAUCUAGAUGUUGGUGGUGCUGGCUAUGUUGUUUCUAUAUCAUAUGCUGUAAAAAGUUCCUUCUAUCCUACUAUGGUUGUGUCAAUGGAUGUUACUAUGGGAUUUCUGUACAAGCUUCUUAUAGAUAGUAUGCCCCUAUGUGCCAUGUCUUAUGUUAAAUGUUUUAUCAUGAACAAUAAAGGUUAUUUAGUGUCCCAUCCUGGACUCAUGGACCCAAACAGCUCUGGUCCAAUUGAACAACAACAUAUCACACAUAAAGAAUCCAUGAUUGCAAUUGACAUGCUCAAUCACAAAGGUUUUGUUACCAAAAGACUGUGCAAUAAUUUUUAUGAUAAAACAAUUCAGCGAUUUUAUGAAUUUAAUACCUCUCUUCCUAAUGUGCUCUCUAAUGUGGUAUCAGGAGACCACUGUGUUCAUUAUUACAUAGCUGCCAUCCCAGGCACCAAUGCUUUCAUAGGUCUUGUAAACGCAUCUUGCAGCGUGGGUGCUUUCUGUCCUUGCAGUAUGGUUGACAGAUUAUGUCUAAACUGUAACAGAAUGGAACAAACUGAGUGUGAGUGCCCAUGUGAAUGUAGCUCAGAGCUGUAUGACUGUCCCAACUCAAACAUAUCACGUUUGAACCAACAGAUACCUCUUUGUGGCAUGAUGCUUGAGAAUAAUAACCAUAAGUCGCAUUACUUCCAUAACUUUGCCGAAAAUUUGAAAUCGUGUUUCGAUUUUCAGUGCGAGACUUAUUUGUCGCACUCGUCCUGUCUGGGCGUUCUUGGUUGUGAAUGGUGUCAAAUAGAUGCUGACGGUAAAACCCCACUGUCGGCGCCGUUCUGUACGUCUCAGUCAACAUGUUUCAACGGCGUGUUAGGCGCCGUCACUCCUUAUGGAGAGGGCACUCUCGGACAUCUCAAUAGAGAUGCGUUCGGAAACUAUUCGGCAAUAGGACCAAUCGUAGGGUGUAUAGUCACUGCAAGCUUGGUUGUUGCCGUGGCCAUAUACUGCUACAGGCAGAACGUGACCACCGCCAGUUGCCAUAAUUUGUAUGUCGAUGGUCCAGCAGAGACCUGGCAUGAUGCAGAUGUUCAAAUGAGCCAUUUACAAUCUGAUGAUAUGCAUGACCAGUCUGGUCAAGAUAAGUUGUUACCAGCCAUGGAGAUAGAAGCACCUAUAUCUCCAUACAGGGUGGUCACAGGAUACAGAAGACCACACACAGCAGGUGGUUCAGAUCAUGGGUACUCGACAAUGACUCCCCAUGAAGAUUCAGAGGCUACUGGGUUCUCUGUGAAUGAGCCAAUUGUACUAUCAGAUGACACCAAGUCUGAUGUAAGUUGUCCUCUGCCUGCCAAAAUAAAGCCCAGAUUAAAACCUGCUAAUGAUUUAAGCAUAACUGUCCUGCCCUGUGGCAAGAACAGCAUCAUAGCUCCUGUUACUGUGCACAGGCAUAUGGAAGCCUCCUAAUUAUUUAAGUCCAUUAAAUAAAUCUACCUCUCUGUGUAUAUAAUAUUUGAUUAUUAAUUAAUGUGUUUAUUUUUUAUUGUGAUGAAUUUUAUUUGCUAACCAUUUUAAUAUUUUCUCCAGUUAUUUUGAUCAAGUACUUAUCAUACAGAAGUCAUUUUACGUAUAUUUGGUGCUCUUUAUGUACUUUGUUAUAAGAAUAAUUUUAUAAUUUUAAGAUAAUACAUAAUAUUAUUGACUAUUGAUGUUCCAUGAUAAUCUGCUGCAGAAAGUUUUAUAAAAUUAUUUUGGUCUAUAUAGAUAAUUUGUUAAAUACUGGGUACUUAAUCUAAUCUUUAUCAAGAUAAUCUUGAUUGUAAUGGCCUCAUUUAGAUCAAUCAGGAACAAUGUAAUGUUUUGAAGUGGUUGUAAUAAGUUAUUGCAUUCUAUCCUACUACUGGCAGCUCUUUGAUUACAUAGUAUACUAAGGUAAACAGAAUUCAGGUUGUAUCAUACAGGUCUAUUAGCAUUAUGUAAGUUUUAUAUGUUGUAUUUUCUGUGUUAGCUUGUAAGACGAUAUAUAAAUUAAUUUUUGAUAAAAACUAAAGUGCCAGUGCCUCCUGUAUUAUUAAGAUAUAAGCAAACUUAUUUUUAAGACUGAAAUUGAUGUUGGCAUUUAUUUGAUGUAAUACAUUUUCUUUUAUAACA